AUAAUUUUUUUUGGCUAGUCUCUGUUAACAAGAUGUCUUCCUUUCAACUCCCUUCAAAUGAGUAAUUUCUUCAAAAUCAUUUAUUGCCAAUAUAUACACAUAUAUUUUCAAUGGGUUUUAGCCUCUUUCUUGCAAAAAAAAAAAGACAGUCCUGCUCUGUGCAGCAAGAAGCUGUCAGGUUUGCUCUAACCCAUAAAUGUGAAGUUAAGAUCAAUAAUUUGUUUUAUGCAGGGCCCUAUACCUAUUACUGCUCUUGGUUUCAUUGCAGUAAUGCUGCCCUUGGGCACCCGUGGGGUGUGGGUCUUCAUGGUCCUGCUCCUGCUUUGGAGCAUCCACUCACUUCUUGCAGCACCGAUUCAGCCUGGUUCAGAGCAGAGUGCAGAGGCACCCAGCAAGCCCAACAUGACAAUGAAAGGUGUAUUUGAAUCUUUCUUAAGCUUCUUCAGUCCAAUAACUUGCCGCCUCAGCAAUGAACGACUCUUAACUCCUUGUCCUGUAGAAGGCCUGAACAUGUCUGAAUGCUCAAAAAUUCACUGCUGUCCUUUCAGAAUUGGCCAGGAGGAGCAGUGCUACAUGCCAGUGAGAGAUGAUGUGCAGCUGGCCAUUCGAGUGGUUUUGCUUACCGGAGGAGGAUUUUUGAUUUUGGGAUUUCUACCAUUCUGUUGCUGUGCCCUUUUGCAGAGAAGUCCGUGUAUCAAUCCUUUACAAAAGAUAAGCAAAAAAGUACAGAAAAUUGCACGAGAAAAAAGAGCUGGUGGUAAAAAGAGUCAUGAUGAAGAGAUUCAUCGUCACUUACUGGACUGACCUGAAGAACUAAAAGGACAAAAAAAGAAGGAACAUCCACCUGAUCCUGAAGAUCAAGCAGAAGACACCAGGAUUAUUUGGCUAUCUCCUAGAAAAGGACAUGUGUUAUUUUAGCAUUGAAGUAAUACAAAGUUGUUAACCCUCAAU